AUGGAUGACAGCAAACCCCUGAAGGUCCGGCUGACGUUCUCCGUGAUCCUGGUUGGCGUCUCGCUUCUGUUUGCAGCCGUAGUGACUGACCACUGGGCCGUGCUGAGCCCCAAAGUGGAGGAAUAUAACGCCACCUGCGAAGCGGCUCAUUUUGGGCUAUGGCGACUCUGUAUAAAGCGGAUUUUUAUGCAGGAGCAAGGUCCCAAAGAGAAGGGCUGUGGGCCGAUAAGCCUGCCAGGAGAGCACAACUGCUCCUACUUCAAGCACUUCACACCAGGACAGAGCUCGGAGAUAUUUGAAGUAACCACCCAGAAAGAAUACAGCAUUUCAGCUGCAGCUAUUGCCAUCUUCAGCGUUGGCUUUGCAAUCAUCGGAACAAUCUGCGUCCUCUUAUCCUUCAGGAAGAAGAGGGACUAUCUGCUGAAGCCAGCAUCCAUGUUCUACACCUUCGCAGGUCUCUGCAUCAUCAUCUCUGUUGAAGUCAUGAGGCAAUCCGUGAAGAGGAUGAUCGACAGCGAGGAGACAGUCUGGAUUGAGUACAGUUACUCCUGGUCCUUCGCCUGUGCCUGCGCCUCCUUCGUCCUGCUCUUCAUCUGCGGCAUCGCCCUCCUCCUGAUCGCGCUGCCCCGCUUCCCCCAGAACCCCUGGGAGACCUGCAUGGAUGCAGAACCGGAGCACUGAUGUUCCCAGCACCCAUGAAAAAACCCCACAGAAAGCGUUCUGAAAAGAUUUGUAUUUUUUAAAACGUCUGGCUCUCACUAUACAACGUGCACUCCAUUAACUAAGUCAUUACUGAAGCAAGGCAUGUUCAAUU